AUGAAAUUUAACAUUAAAAUUAAGGAAGAGUCUGUUGAAUAUUACCCAAGAAAUAUAGAGAGUCAACUAUCCACGUCAAUAGAUCUUGGGUACUUGAAGAAUGAACCAGAAUGUAACUCAGCUCGAACAGUAAAAUCUUGUAUUAAGGAAGAGUUUGUUGAAGGUGACCUAAGAAUCCUAAUACGGGCUUUACACCAACAAUAA